CAAUUGAUUAUCGUCUUUCGCCGCGAAACCAAUUUCCCGCUGCUCUUUGUGAUACCAUCGCUGCGUAUCUAUAUCUUACAAAUCCUGAUCCAAGUGCUGGAUUUGAACCGAUUAACCCUAAAAGAAUUAUAUUGGCUGGCGAGAGCGCGGGUGGCAAUUUGGUUUUUGCUACACUCUUAUGUUUAAGAGAUGCUGGAUUACCUUUACCAGCGGGCGGAAUCGCAUUGGUUGAUUUAACUCAAAGCAUGCCAUCCAAACGGGAUCCCGAAAUAGAUAAAGUAGAUUUUACACCUUCAAAACUAGACUAUUUUGCAAACCUUCCUUCAUCGCCUGCCAUGGAAGAAUAUCUUGCCAAUGCAAAAGCUCUAGCUAAUAAAAUCGCUCUAAAAAACCCUAAGAUUGUUAGUCAUCCUUCUUUUACUGAAAUACCUAGUUUUAAUCUUUAUUGUCCUAAUGAAGCGUUGGCAAUUCCUUAUGUUAGUCCCAUGCUUGCUGAGUCUUUAGGGAAUUUACCGCCUAUUCUAUGU